CUGACAGAAAAUUCUUUUAAGAGCUCCAAGCAAGACGUCCUCACAGAUCUGACACCUGCAUAUUCUGCUGCUGAACUGAACAAAGUAAAAUCAUGGCAGGAUCAGCAUAUAGAUCUGCAUCCGAACUCAGGAUUGUGAUAUUUGGAAAAAACCAACAUGAAAAGGCAACUUUAAGUAACUUGAUCACUGGUAAAAGAGAUUCUCAUCCUCUAAAAAUAUCCAAGAAAUCCAUUGCUCAAGGACAAUGGGGAAAAAUGCCCAUAACAGUGGUGAAAACCUCAGACAUCUUUAGUCUUCCUGUGGAAAAAGUCAGACAUGAGAUGAAGAUGUGUGUGGCACGUUGUCACCCUGGGCCAAAUGUCCUGCUGCUGUUAGUGAAACCUUCAGAUUUCACAAAGGAAAACAGACAAACACUGAAGUUCAUCUUGAGUUUGUUUGGUCCAGAUGCGCUUAAAUAUUCAAUGGUCAUCAUAACACAAAAGGAUGAAGAAAAGAACGCGGCAGUCGAUCAAUUUAUCCAGGACUGCGGACAAAGACAGCAUAAAUUAAACUUUGACAAAAAAAACACUGACUUUGAUUUUGAAAUACUGAUGGAAAAGAUCAGUCAAAUUGUGACUGCCAACAGAGGAGGACAUCUAAAUUUUUCUGAAAGUGCUGAGCUCCUUGAAUCACCUGAAAUUCCAAAAUCAAAACUUCAACUUAAUUUAGCACUGUGUGGGAGAUCGGGAGAUGGGAUUGAAGAAUCUGAGAAACCAAAGCCUCCUGUGAAGUUAGGAAUUUUUGAGAGACCUCAAAUUGGUCUGGAAGAACCUCAAAUUCCAAGUCUGAAACCUAUGAAUUUGGUACUGUGUGGGAGGUUUAGAGUUGGGAAGACAUCAACUGCCAAUGCCAUCCUAGGAGACAAAAAGAUAGAAUAUUAUUCAUCAGCGUGUGUCAAAAAUGAGGCAAAGGUGUGUGGUCGACUGGUUUCAGUGGUGGAACUUCCUGCUCUCCAUGGAAAAUCUCAGGAGGAAGCAGUUAGUGAAGCAAUCAAGACAGUUUCUCUCUGUGAUCCUGAGGGUGUCCACGCUUUCAUCCUAGUUCAACCCUUGGAUCACCUUACUGAUGAAGACAAGAGUGAGGUGGAGACCUUCAAAAAAAUACUGAGCUCUAAAGUCAAGGACUUUACAAUGGUUCUUUUUACUGUGGAGACUGAUCCUACACACCCAGGUAUUGUUAACUUUUUAAAAAUGAACACAGAGAUCAAAGAGUUUUGCGAGAGUUUCAGUGGCCGAUAUGUUAUCCUCAACAUCAAGGACAGACAGCAGAUCCCUCAGUUACUGGAUGCUGUGGAAGAGAUGAAAACACCAUUUGGAGGUUUCAAAAAAGAAAUUAUUGCAAAACCUUUCAUGCACAAUAGCACAGGAGAUAAAUCCAAAAUGGGAGAGUCAAGAUUUGAAAAAAAGAGCCAGGACUGUCUCAGGAUUGUGAUGAUUGGGAAAACUGGAAGUGGAAAGAGUGCCACUGCAAACACUAUUUUGGGAAAAGAACACUUCCAUUCAAAAGCCAGUAUGAACUCAGUGACUGUGGAUUGCAAAAAAGAAACAGGAGAGAUUGAUGGACGCCCUGUUGUUGUGGUGGACACACCUGGUUUAUUCGACACAAGUCUGUCCAAUGAUAAAAUUAAACAGGAACUCAGGAAAUGCAUCACAAUGAUGGCUCCUGGACCUCAUGUAUUUUUACUUGUCCUGAGGAUUGGUCGUUUUACAAAGGAGGAAAAACAAACAGUGGAGCUCAUCAAAAACUUUUUUGGCAAGAAUUCAAAUGACUUCAUCAUUAUCUUAUUCACCAGAGGAGAUGACCUAAAAAAUCAAACAGUUGAGAGUUAUAUGGAAGAAGACAGCGAAGGGUUCAUAAAAAAACUGACAGCUGAAUGUGGAGGACGAUACCAUGUGUUCAAUAACAAUGAUCCCAGUAACCGCUCUCAAGUCAGUCAGCUGCUCACCAAGAUUGAGUCAAUGGUGAAGAAAAAUGGUGGUGGCUACUACACCUCAGAGAUGUUCAAACAGACAGAGGACGCAAUUCAGAAGGAAAUGCAGAAGAUUUUGCAGGAGAAAGAAGAAGAGAUACUGAAAGAUAAGCGGGACCUUAAAAGAAAACAUCAAGAGAAAAUUCAAGAGAAGAGGCGAAAAAUUGAACAAGAAAGAGCAGCAAAAGAGAAAGCAUUAAAAGAGAAAAUGGAAUUAAUUAAGAAAGAGGAGGAGGAGAACAAAAUGAUAGAGGAAAAGAGAGCAGAAGAGGAAAGGGAGAGAAAACAGAGGGAAGAAAUUCAGCAACACCAGUGGAAACAAAAAGGGAAGAAAAUUCAAUCUGAAUCAGAAGAAAAGACAUUUACCGGACAAAAGUUGAUACAAAAUUCAGAGAACAUCAGAAAAGAAAGUGAGGGUUGGGAAAAAGAACCAGAACAGUGGCGGAAAAAACGACUUCAAGAUGACCAACAUAGAUUGAAGGAGCAAACACGACUGAAAAGGCUCAGAGAAGAAUAUGAACAGGAAAAGAAAGAAUAUCAAAUGCGAAAAGAACAGGAGGAAAAAGAAUGGCAAGAAUUACAUGAAAACUUUCAAAAGCAAAUGGAGGAGAUGAUGAGGAAAAAUCAAGAGGAAGCCAGAAAACAAGCAGAGGAGUUCAGACAGAGAUACACCACUGACUUUGCAGUUGUGAUAGCUACACAAGAAAAAGAAUUUGAGAAUAUGAAGCUUAAACAACAAAAAAACAAUGACUUCAUUAUUCAACAGCUGUGCCGAAAAAAGGAAUAUAAGAAGGACUUCGCUCAAAUGAAUAAGCGACAAGAAAAAGAAAUGAAUGAGCUUAAAUGUUCUUUUCAAGCCGUAAAACAAAUUGACGAAAUGCAGAAACAACAUGGGGACGAAAUAGAUAAGUGGAUCCAGGAACAUAUGAAGAAAGCCACAGAACAACAAUUUUGUAAAAUUUUAUAAAAUGUUUUCUGACAGCAGCAUUUUAUCUAUAAUGGCGUGUUCUGAUUUGAAAUGGGAGCAAAUGUGUUUCAGUUUGAUAUUUCCCUAUGAAUUGUCAAUGUAAUAUUUUCAUUUUUUCUAAUUUUGAGAAAGAUUGGUAAUUCUCUAUGUGUUGAGAGAAAUGUAUAACUUCCAUUGAAGUUAUAACUUUCUUUCCAUUCAUUUAAAAAAGAAUUUUAAAAUGACUCCCUGGAGGUAAUAACAAUAUGGUUGCCAAGUGGCAAGACUUACCUCCAAUAAGGCUUGGCAGUAAUUUUUUUCCCAGGGGCCACACUUACCAGCAGCAGUCGAUAAAGACAACUGAGUUAUUGUAUGAGUUAAUACUUUCUGAUGCAGCUGUCCAAAAAGAUUACCAGUUUCUUAUGUGGCCCCUUGGGAAAAUUAAUUGCCCACACCUGCAGGAACAUCAUACUGUUAUUGCUUCAAAAUAAGAAGUAAUAGGCUUUCAUUAUAAUAGUUGUAAAUUUUAUAAUAGGAGGAAUCUUGCAAAGACGCCCAAAUUAUUUGAAAUCAGUUUUGCUGAGACUGAUAGUGACAGUGUCCAAACAAUUAUUAGCCGCUAAGAGCAGCUGCAUCAAAGAUACCAAACCACAACACACUAUGGUCAUUCAUCAGAAACCUUAUUACUUGCAUCUUGUAAUAACACAAAAAAUAUUUUCUAAGGAAAGAAUGUACAUAGUUCUUGGUAUUCUUGCAUGAACCCCUGACGUAUAGUGUGCCAGUGUAUAGGAGAACUGUCUUAACAAGUUUCCAGUUGCUACUGCAUUACACAUUUGAAGCAUACAUUUACAAAAAAGACAUACAAUAUAUAUGUAUCUUUUUUCUUUUUCUUUUUUUUUUCCUUAGAAGCAAUUGCUGAACUUCUGACAGUAUAGCUAAAUGAGCAUUCUAUUGUUUUAAACAUGUUACAUGUAAAGAGGCAAAGUGUUCUGAGAUGUUCUUUGUAAAAUCCUAUUUUUUUCUCCAUUUUCAUUAUAUACACUUAACAGAAGUUUAAUAAUAAACCAAGUGCACCUUUAUUCAUAGCUGAAGUUCAAAUUACAAACCUGUAACCUGAAAUGUGACUUUUAUUGUAAUAUACCCAUGUCAUUAAAUCUCUAUGUAAAGUGUGAAAA